UGGCAGAAACAGAUAUGGAAUAUUGAUAACAUUAUAUAUAAAAGGACUCCGUUAAUAUAGAAUAAUUUGAGAUAAAAGUAAACCGUAUUAAAAUACGUAAAUACAGCAACACAAAGUGCCUUACGUUUCUUACGUGACAGAUCCAGUGGGCGGAGCCAUAUUCAACAUCAACAAAAAGAAAGAGAAGAAGAAAAAAAAAGACACAAAACAAAAUAUGUCCUUUUAAUAUCCCCGGUGUUGUUAGACAACUGUAACCCAGAUAAAGUGAAACCAUGGAAGCCUUCAAACUGAUGAAGGAGCUGAAGACAAAUAUGGAGCAGGAGGUUUAUUAUCUGCCAAAAGAAAUGGGACUCAGUUUGAUCGAAUCCACCCAAGAGAAUGGAAAUGGAGUUUCAGCCAAAUCUCGAGAUGCUCGAGUCGAGGAUAUCUGGAGCUUGACCAGUUUCUUCGGUUACAGCACUCAGACCUUUGUACUGGCCGUUAACCUAAUGGACAGGUUUCUAGCCAUGAUGAAGGUUCAACCAAAGUAUUUGGCCUGCAUCAGCAUCAGUUGUCUCCACAUCGCCGCCCGAGUCACUGAAGAAGAGUGCAAUGUUUCGUCCAGCCACGAGCUCAUUCGCAUCAGCCAGUGCAAGUUCACCGUCUCAGACCUCAGCCGAAUGGAGAAGAUAAUUUCAGAGAAACUCAACUUCCAGUUCAAAGCCGUCACAGCAUUAACCUUCCUCCAUUUGUACCACGCCAUCACACUUUCGCACACGUCCAAUAGGAAAAAUUUCUUGAAUCUUGAAAAACUGGAAGCCCAGCUCAAAGCCUGCCUAUGCAGAAUUGUUUUCUCCAAAGCAAAACCUUCGGUGCUUGCCUUGUCUCUUUUGAUGCUGGAGAUCGAAGCCUUGCAGUUGGCAGACCUGCUAGAGAUCGCCAACCGCAUACAAACACAUUUGAAGAUCUCUGAGGUUGACUUGGCACACUGGCGAGGCCUGGUAGACCAGUGCAUAAGGGAGUAUUCCUCUCCAGAAUGUUCCAAACCUGACCACAGGAAACUGGUCUGGAUCGUCUCGCGAAGAACGGCACAAAACCUGCACACCAGCUACUGUAGCAUUCCUGAGCUGCCCACCAUUCCAGAGGGCGCCUGGGAUGAGAGCGAGAGUGAGGAUUCGUGUGAGGACCUGAGCUCUGGAGAAGAAAGUUUGAGCAGCUCAUUGGGCAGCGAUGCCGGUGGACCCUACUUCCCCUCUAACUUCCGGGCCCGCAGACAUUAAUACCUCCGAAGCCACUUGUCAAGGAGCACAACCACCAAUUGAGGUGUGGCGUUUCCACAUUCUAAGGGGGAGUGACUGGAAGCUUCAGAAUGUUGGCUUCCUUAAUCUUCCAUUAUGAUGUCAUAAUCCUCUCCUGGCUGGAAACCUCCUAGAAGUUCUACAGCUAGGUGCCAUUGUGCCUGGGUUUAACAAAACCACUAUGUCCAAAAUACCAGAAUUGUAGUUUAAACUUUGUAACUCUUUUAGGGCUUUACAGAAAGCCAGUUCAUAUACUGUAUACGUCUCUUUUAAUUACUUGUGAAAAGAUUCAGCAUUGCACAAUACUGGCAGCUAAAUGAACUGAAAGUAAAAAAAAAAAAAAAAAAGCUGUAGCUAGUUUUUGGUACAUGUUUGGAAUUGUCAACAUUCCAGAUGGCUCAAAAGAACAUAUCUAAGUUACACUAGACUGUUAUAGAACAACUUAGGACUUUGGUUUUGUAAAAUGAUUGUUAACGUGUGACGACGUAAAGCUACGUGCCUGGAGAACUGCCUUUCUCUGAGGUCAUAGAGAGUCAGAUUUAGCGUGGUGUGCAUGGUGUUCACAGACAAGCGUGUGCUUUUUUUUGUGUAUGUGUUAGUGAUGUUCUCAUUAACCUACUUGCCAAUUUAGUAGUUGCACAUAAGCCAAUGAAUGUGUGUGUAUUAAAAGACAGUUACUGUAUGUUGAAUAUGUGAAAAAAGCCUAAAAAACCUUAUAAAAUGUAAAAAUGUUGAUAUAUAUAAAAAAAAAUGUAAAUUUGUACAAUGUAAAAAAUGCAUAUACUUUAAGUAUAGCAUCUUGUAGAUAUUAAGUUAUUUAUUAUUUUUGUCAUGGUAAUGGUAAAACAUUCACAAUAAUAAUAAAAAAAAAAACUAUUUUGA